AAAAACUGCAGAGAAGUCAGCUGCUUCACUUCCUCAUGUUUCCAGAGUGAACUCAGUCUGCUUCUUAUUUUAAUUUGUCAUCUCCAGUUUGUCAUCAUGAGAGUUCACAGAUUUUUGUCACUGCUGGUGGUUUCUGUGGCAUUUUCAAGAGCAAAUGCUUUCUUUGGUUACGUUGUGCUUCAGUGUCUCUACACGCCAACUGAAGAUGUCGUCUACAUGGAGAAGUUGUACAUCAAUAAGUUGCUCAUGGCCCAAUACAACAGCACUUUGGGAAACUACACCGGCUACACCGAGAAAAUGAAGGAAAUCGCAGACGAAGUCAACAAAAUCAAAAAAUUCAAGGAACAAGCGAAGAAGAACUGGAACAAAUGCAAAUCCAACAUCCCACUGGUGUUCGAUGAGCUCACAAAACCAGUUGAACCUACUGUGAAGCUGAGGUUGGUGGAGACAGCAGAUAGCAGACAUCCCAGCAUGCUCGUCUGCAGCGCUUACGGUUUCUAUCCCAAACUAAUCCGAGUGUCGUGGCUGAGAGACGGAAAAGAGACGACAACUGACGUGACGUCCACCGACGAGCUGUCCAACGGGAACUGGCUCUAUCAGAUCCACUCCUACCUGGAGUUUACACCCAAACCUGGAGAGAAAAUCAGCUGCAGGGUGGAGCACACCAGCUCGAUGGAGCCCAAACUUUAUGACUGGGAACCAAUUCUUGAGGCAGAGAGGAAUAAGUUUGCUGUUGGAACUGCAGGGCUGCUGCUGGGUUUGCUGUUUUUAGUCGCUGGGCUGAUUUUCUACAAGAAGAACUCAGCAGGUCGGAUGUUGGUGCCGACAAGUUAAGGUUUGUCCGUCGCUACUUUCAUAAAACAACAGAAAAAUGGAAAAUCAUCUAAAGGUGGAAUUAUCUUCUAUGUGGAGUAAAUCUCCUACUUCAAGAUUAAUUUGUGUUGCAGUAUUUACUUUAUUAUAAACAAACUUUUACUGACAUUUUAGGGAAAAUGUGAAGUUUGGCUGUGAAUCAUAUUUUAUAUCUUGUUUAAUAGAAGCCAAAUAUCUUAAGUUGUUUUAGGUAUUGCUGCUUUGUUGAUUCAGAAAUACUUAUUUAUGCAUACAAUUAUUUAUUCAAAUAAAGGGGUUGAUUCAAUUGAGGAAAUUAAAGCAAGAUGUACUGUUUGUGUUUAUUUUGUUUAAAGCUUUCUGUCAGUUGUCAUGUGGUUGUAGAGAAUGAAGGUCUGAUAGUUUGACUGUGAAAGUUUUUCUUUUGUUUAUCUGCUGCUGCACACGUCUUAGAUAAAGCCAUAGAGACACAAAGAAAUAAUCUUUAUAAUUUAUUUCCUUCCCUCAUCAACUGCUUGGAGUCUGAUUCUCCUGCCUAGACACUUGUACCAUUGAAUUAACAAGGAUAAUUUACUUAAUAUAUAUGUCAGCUUUGAAAUAUGAAACAUUAAAUACACAUUUUUUCUAAUUUGCAUUUAAUGUAUUUAGUUUGGAAUGUAUGUAAAAGAUUUUGUAUUAUGGAUGAUGCUGUUGGUUGGAAUACAAAUAAAAGAGGUGCAACACUUGGCAGCAUCAUUGCUCCA